AUGGCAGUUCAACACGCCCAACAUCACGAAAAGUCCCCCAGAACCGGGCACACCGCCCUCCACGACAUGUGCACCACCACCGGGAAAAGCACCAAGACCACCACCGUCAUCGAGUCCCUCCUAGAAAAAGGUGCCGACCCAACCGCCACGCUGAACGCGGCCUCUUCUCAGUUAACAGCCAUACACCUCGCGUCGUAUCACAACAACGUGGCCGCGCUGGAAGCCAUCAAAGAAAGCAUGACAACUACCAGAACAUUUACAUACACGCCUCAAUAUCAAAUAAACACCCGAUACACCCAAUUCCAACCCACCAAUUACACCGGCCAGUGGAAGUGGAAAAAUCUGCUCAAACAACAAGAUUUCCGGGGUAUGACCCCCCUUCACUGGGCGGCUACUGGUGUCUGUCCUGAGGCGAUAGAGUUCUUACUCAAAGAGGUGGAGGACGCCGGGUUGAGGCAGGAGGUGAUCGAUAGCAAGGAUAGAGAGGGGAGGACGGCAUUGCUUGUUGUGGGGCUGGGGUGUAAUAAGCUUGGGGAUAAAGACGCGGUGACAAAGAUUGCAAAGGCUCUCGUGAAGGCGGGGGCGAGCCCUGAUGUGGCGGAUUGGAGGGGGCAGACGCCGAGGGGGAUGCUGACCGAUCUUGAGAUUGAGAAGCCUGCUUUUCCACAGAAGGAGCAGCAGACAUAUGGUGUUGCCGGGGGAUACUAUCAGGGUUAUGGUGGUUAUCAAGGUUACAGGUAUCAGGGAUAUCAAGGAGGGGGGCAGCAAAGUGAUGUUUGCCGGUUUGGGGAGGGACUAGCUACCAAGGAGGUUGGACUAGGUGAGGGCCAUAAUUCGAGUUGUGAGAAGUUAACUCCAAAUUGUAUUUUUGAAGCCAUCACCAACUUUGUCGUUGAUCUCGGGAUGGACGCCACAUUGGGGUGA